AAGGAGUUAGGAGUGGACGAAGUUAAAAUGAGUGUUAACAAGAAUGAAUAAAUUUACUGUUGUAUUUUGUUGAUUUGUGACUGUUGUUACGCACUAAGAGGAUUGAAAAAAUACAAGAAAAAUGAAUUUAUUGUGCAUGAAGCUAUUAGUUUUUGUUCGAUUCCUCUUUGAAUAUUUCUGCGACUUUUUAUCGUCAUUUAUAUUUAAUAAGAAUGGGCGUUUGGAACCGAUUAAAAAAGAAUUCCUGUCGCUAAGUGCGACAAAGUUGGCUCAGAGGAUCAGACAAAAGAAGUUGAAGUCGGUAGAGUUGGUAGCAGCAUGCAUUGAGAGAGUAAAAGAAGUGAACCCAGAUUUAAAUGCGGUUGUCCAGGAUAGGUUUGAAUUAGCCCUCAAAGAGGCAGCAGAAGCUGAUGCUUUUAUUGAAACUAGUCAACUAUCUGAAGAAGAAUUGGAAAAGAAAAAGCCAUUUUUAGGAGUACCGUUUACCUCAAAGGAAAGCACUUCAUGCGCAGGAAUGAGGUUCACUUGUGGUAUGUUAGUAAGAUCGAAUGAAAUUGCAACAGAAGACGCUGACAUUGUGAAACAUAUGAAAAAUAGUGGUGCAAUCUUAAUAGGAGUUACAAACAUUCCGGAAUUAAAUUUAUGGUGUGAAACUAGAAACAUGAUCUACGGCCAGUCGCAAAACCCUUAUGAUUUUAAUCGAACGUGUGGCGGAUCGUCAGGGGGAGAGGCUGGGAUCGUAUCCGCCUGUGGGUCACCAUUAGGAUUGGCAACCGAUAUCGGUGGCUCGACCAGAAUGCCUGCUUAUUAUUGCGGACUUUUCGGACACAAGCCCACAUCAGGAUUUGUAUCGACAAAGGGUAUGUCUUUCAGGACAGGGACAGAAGGGUUGACCAUGGUCUCUGCAGGCUCGAUUACCAAACAUUCCGAAGAUAUCAUACCCUUCGUAAAAGUAUUAGCCAAUGAUAAAGCUGAUUUACUUAAACUGGAUGAAAAAGUCAAUUUGAAAGAGGUUAGAGUUUACUAUAUUCUUGACCCAGGUGAUAUAAGAGUCUCACCUAUGAGGAAAGAAGUGAUGGAUGUUAUACUAAAGAGUGCUAAUUUCCUUUCAAAAAUAACAAAAGAACCGGCAAAACCUGUUAAAAUUGAAGAGUUUAAAUACAGCAGUACUUUAUGGAGGCACAGUAUGACAAAAGAGAAAUCCAAUUUUGCUUUCGACUUAUCGAAUAGAGAGCGACAAGUAUUUUUUACUGAAGAAAUAUUCAAAAUGUGCUUGGGAAAGUGUAAUUAUACUUUACCGGCUCUUAUGAAGUUGGCUCAAGAACAGGUAUUACCUCCUGUAGACGAGAUAUGGGGCGAUGUAAUGUUGAAAAAAUUAACACAGCAGUUAGAGGAUCUCCUCAAAGAUGAUGGUGUUCUCUUGUUUCCAAAUUGCCCUACGACAGCUCCGUACCAUUAUAUGUCAUUCCUUCGCCCUUAUAAUUUCGGCUACUGGGGGGUAUUUAACGCGCUGCAUUUGCCAGCUACGACUGCUCCCUUGGGGCUUUCCUCCGACAAAUUGCCGCUCGGCGUGCAGAUCGUGGCCAACGCGAAGAAUGAUCGUCUGACCAUUGCCGUUGCACAAGCCUUAGAAAAGGAAUUCGGCGGAUGGGUCCCACCCUUCGAUGUCUAAAUAAAAUUUAACAAUUAAUAAAUACUAAUCGUACAUCUUUAUUAUGAAGAAUUUAUAUAUAGUUUAUGAAAUGUGUAUUUUUUAAAUUAUAAAUUCUACGAGUAUUACGGUGAUGGAAUGUAAUGUUAAACAUUUUAUUUAUAUAUUUGUUAUUGACGAGUUUAAAGAAUGAAAGUUUAACAUGAAUUAUGUGCAAUUUAUUUUAAUUAAAAUUUGUUAACUUUAAGCAUUGAUUUUAUACUUUAUAACUGCUAGUUGGUAUUUGUCGUACGAUUUUCCGAAAAAAAAAAAAAA